AUGGCCGUAAUACGCCACCGCCACCGCCACCGUUCGCUGUCAUUCGCUACCAUCAGUGCAUUACUCUUUCUCCUGCUUUCUUCAGUUUCAGCUCUUACUUUCAACCACGCCCGCCAAUUCAGUGGUGGUGCAAUGAGGGAGGAGAUAAGAGCAGAGGUGAAAAGGGCAGGUGGGAUGGAGUUAAUCAAGCGAGUUUUGUAUCGAAGAAGACUGACUGGACCGGGAUCAUCGCCGCCUACAUGUAGAUCCAAGUGUGGAAGUUGUGCACCGUGUAAACCGGUUCAUGUUCCGAUUCAACCGGGUUUGAGUCGACCACUAGAGUACUACCCGGAAGCUUGGCGGUGCAAAUGUGGGAACAAGCUCUUCAUGCCUUAG